CUGUUCUGUACACACACAUAAACACACACACACACACACAUAUAUCUAUUGUUGCUGAGAUUAUGGACGCAGGAUCAGUAAGCAACUCUUCAACUGGGAAGACAAAAACUCGAUGCCCCCUUCAAGAACAGCUUCUUCAAAGAAGAAGCUCCAGAGAAAAUUUGGAUAGAUUUGUUCCAAACCGAUCAGCAAUGGACUUUGAUUAUGCGCAUUACAUGCUGACUGAAGGGUGGAAAGACAAAGAGAAUCCAGCCGUGAGCUCUCCAUCCAGGGAUGCAUACCAGAAGCAACUGGCAGAAACCUUCAACAUGAAUCGAACUCGAAUACUGGCUUUCAAGAACAAACCUCCCACCCCAGUUGAGGCCAUACUAAACGACUACUCAGGAAUUCAGCAGUCCAAACCUACAAAACCCCGUCGAAACAUUCCACAGACUUCUGAGAGAACGUUGGAUGCUCCUGACUUGGUAGAUGAUUACUACUUGAACUUACUAGAUUGGGGUAGCAGCAAUGUUCUUGCUAUUGCUCUUGGAAACACUGUGUAUCUGUGGGAUGCUACUGAUGGAGCCACAUCUGAACUCGUCACUGUUGAUGACGAAAAUGGCCCUGUGACCAGUGUCAAGUGGGCUCCAGAUGGACGGCAUAUUGCCAUCGGCUUGAACAAUUCUGAUGUCCAGCUUUGGGAUUCUACAGCUAAUCGACAGCUAAGAAGCUUGAGAGGUGGCCACCAAUCACGGGUUGGAUCUCUUGACUGGAACAAUCAUAUUUUGACAACUGGAGGAAUGGAUGGUCAGAUCAUCAACAACGAUGUAAGAGUAAGAUCACAUAUCGUCGAAACCUACAGAGGGCACCAUCAAGAAGUCUGUGGGUUAAAAUGGUCGGCUUCAGGGCAACAGUUAGCAAGUGGGGGAAACGAUAACCUCCUCCACAUAUGGGACAGAUCCACGGCUUCUUCUAAUUCCCCAACACAUUGGCUUCACAGGCUUGACGACCACACCGCGGCUGUUAAAGCCCUUGCUUGGUGUCCAUUCCAGGGAAACUUACUGGCCUCCGGUGGAGGCGGCAGUGACAGGUGCAUCAAGUUUUGGAACACCCACACGGGGGCUUGCUUGAACUCAAUUGACACCGGCUCACAGGUCUGUGCUUUGCUGUGGAACAAGAAUGAGAGAGAGCUUCUUAGCUCUCAUGGUUUUACACAGAAUCAGCUUACACUUUGGAAGUACCCCUCAAUGGUGAAAGUAGCUGAGCUCACUGGCCAUACAUCCAGAGUUCUUUUCAUGGCUCAGAGCCCAGAUGGAUGUACAGUAGCAUCUGCUGCAGGGGAUGAAACUCUGAGAUUUUGGAAUGCUUUUGGGACUCCUGAAGUGGCCAAACCUGCACCAAAGGCUAACCCAGAGCCGUUUGCUCAUUUGAACCGCAUUCGUUAAGUGGAACAGUCAAGGAUGGUGGACGACUAUAUAUGCGCAAUCGUAUGGACAUACUCUCCUCAAGUCAUGGCAAUCUGAUUGCACUCUUUAGGUAAAAGAGAAUCGCCGUGCCAAUCAUCAAACUGAACCAGUUUUAGGGUUGGUGGCAAACCCCAACUGCCUACAUUUGGAUUGGUCGUACUUUGGAUGUCACUUUCAAUUUUAUCCCAAUCACAUUUGGGUUUGUCAUACUUGGGACGUAAUUGGAUGUUGUUAUAUGUUGUAUUUUGAAAUUCCUAUUCUUCGGUCAAAUGACUAGAUUUAAUGGGCUAUGGUUUUGGGGUAUUGCUCUCAGUACUGAGAUUGGGAAAUUGCUGCUGGAAAGAAGGCAUGGACAUGAGAAGGGUGUACUGGGGACAUGAAAGGGUGUAUUGGAUCUCUGUUAUAUGUAGUCACUUAUUGUGACGAACCACAUAAAAUAAAAUCUCUCUUUUGUUUA